AUGUGCCCAAUUUCGCCAAGUCGUUCGAGUAAUGCAGUUUUGGAACUUCACAAUGGGUCAUUUAUACCUUUAAUAACCAUAUUGAGAACAGGGUUUUCUUUAACAAUCGGUAUGUCCCGUUCAUAUAUUUUUUUUAAAACUACGGAGCUUAUAAAAGGGAUCAAAAUUUCAAAAUUUUUUUUUUGAGAAAAAAACGGGAUUCUAGCUCUCAAUUUUUUUUUAUGGAUCCUCACAAUCUCUGAAAAAAUCUGAGAAGAGCUUUGCGCAAACGGCUAAUGACGUGUAAAAAGGACACCACAAGUCGUCGAGUACUUUUCUUCAUUAAGGACAGAUUUCAAAGAAUGAACCUUACGAUUCACUUCCAAAGUCUCGAAUCACAACUUUUUAUAAUUGCAUCGCUUCACGUUUAGUCUUAGAAGCCAUAAAUGGAUGAUGUAUGAAGAGUUAUUUUUGUUUUUGCGAUUCGAGGAACUGUCGGGAUUCGCGUUCCCGAGACCCUUUGUAGACCUUUAUUACUUCUCAGCUGCUGUUACUCUGGUGUUGAUGAGCCGGUUGUCAGGGGAAGUCCUCGAAAGGAUUCCACCAUAGUAACGCCGGAAAGCCAAAAAAGGAAUGAAAGCAUUCCAGCUCUAGGACCGCCCCUCGGUCAGCCGCUACUCCGUCAUCUUUCUGGAAUGAGCAACGCCGAAUUCUCGCGGUGUCCAACUUGUCUUGAAGAUUACGGUGAGAUUCCUAUUUUUUUUCCAAAUUUUUAUGAGUUUUAUCCUUUAUUCUUUGGAAAAAUUUUUAUAAUAACAAACAAGUGUAUUGUACUAAAACUUCCAAAUUUUCUCUUAGCAGUCGAUCCCUUUUUUUGGAUAAUUAGCGUUCCAAUGCCAUAGCCAUAAUUUUAAGUUGAGAACAUGAAAAAAACCAUUUAUGAAAGGUUUUCUUUCAGAAAAAUAACAAGCUCUAUAAGUUUUUUUAAUAAAUGGAAGGUAUCCAAUCAAGCUUUCAAAAAAACUCUGAAGCUUCGAGUAUACAUUUUGUAAAAAUCAGACCCCAAUUUUUUCUUUUAGGUAUUUUCAAGAGUUUUUUGAGAUAUAAACUUUGAUGGUUGAAAUUUGCCGCUUGGUUCAACCUGACUCUUCCAGAUGACGUUGGACACAAGCCCUGUAUUGGAUUUUGCGGACAUUCGCUUUGCUUGAAAUGUCAAUCUAGGAUCGUGUAAGUCAAGAAAAUAGAUUCAUUAAAACCUUAGUUCGUUUCAGAAGUUGCCCGCUAUGCAAACGCAAGAAUUCAUUUUUCGGCACUGUUUUCAACUAUCAACUUUUAGGUGAAUAAUUUCUAAAUAUCGGCCAUUUGAAUGAAAAGUUUCACAGAUGCGGUGCUUGCUAUGAAGAGCAUGAAGAACGAAAGCAGAUCUCCUGUCGGCUCGAGGAGUAAGAGACCAUCAGAGCCAUACAUUUCGCAGCAGGUUUGUUUUUUCAAUUAUUUCCAGAAGAAAAGAAAACUUAAGGUUGUUAACGCUACACGGAGGAGCCGUCGUAACGCAUUAGAAUCUGCCGUGGAUAAAGGCCAACAAAGAGGUCGUUUUUCAUUUACGACAUGAAAGCUUGUUUUGGCGAGCAAAAGUGCAUAUGUCAAUAAGAAAAAUAAUUAUUGUCAUGUUUUUGCACUUUUACCGGUGUUCUCAGAAUAGAUCUCCUUCUGGAGCAAGACCAUAUGAAUGGGUUGUAGGGAUUGAGUGCAAAACGAUUUUGGAAAAGGUUCAGAAGUUGAGAACAACUGGCUGUCGCAGCACAUUCCUUCGGCAGACCCCCGCACUGGAAGAGACCGUUCCGUGCGUCGGUUCACUGACAGACUCGUCAAAAACGUAACGGAUACGCGACGCGGCUCCGGCAUCAAUCCAGUGUUUGAGAAUUCGCCGGAACUUGCCUACCAAUUACACCAACCAGACAACUACCGCCUCUUCAUGCUUCGGUCCAAUGCCCCCGUGAGUGUCCAAGACUUUCAAAAACAGCCGGAUUUUCGCCAUAACUUUCGAAUCAACGAAGCCUCACUUAAUGCUGAAUUUUCAGGGAAUUCAUGGCUUCUUGACUUCACCCUUCACUCGACUAUUUUUUGGACGCUCUUGUUUCGAAAUAUGA